CACCACCGCAGCCGCCCGAGAGGAGCUGGGGGAGGACGGUGGCCCGCGAGGCUCGUCGCAGACAACGCGGCGGCGAUGUCCGCGAGCCAGGCGAGUGCCGCGGCGGCAGCGGCGGGGCCUCGCACGCGGCAGGGCGCCCUGGCCUUCGGCCUCCCUCCGGUUCCCAGGAAGCGAACUGGCGGCCAGCGCGGGAGCAGCAGCAGCAGAGGCGGAGGCUCCGGCGCGUCUCUCGCCUCCCCUUCAGCCUGAGCCGGGGGAGGCCAGGCGGUCCGGGUGGCUGGAGGGGGGUCCGCUGCCCAAGAAUGGGAAUUCUCUUCACCAGGAUAUGGAGACUAUUCAAUCACCAGGAGCACAAAGUUAUCAUUGUUGGGCUGGAUAAUGCAGGGAAAACUACCAUCCUUUACCAAUUUUCUAUGAAUGAAGUUGUACAUACAUCACCUACAAUAGGAAGUAAUGUAGAAGAAAUUGUGAUUAAUAAUACACGUUUUCUAAUGUGGGAUAUUGGUGGCCAAGAAUCUCUUCGUUCUUCUUGGAACACUUACUAUACUAACACAGAGUUUGUAAUAGUUGUUGUGGACAGUACAGACAGAGAAAGGAUUUCUGUAACUAGAGAAGAACUCUAUAAAAUGUUAGCCCAUGAGGACCUACGGAAAGCUGGAUUGCUGAUUUUUGCUAAUAAACAAGAUGUUAAAGAAUGCAUGACUGUAGCAGAAAUCUCCCAGUUUUUGAAACUAACUUCUAUUAAAGAUCACCAGUGGCAUAUCCAGGCAUGCUGCGCUCUUACUGGCGAGGGAUUAUGCCAAGGACUUGAAUGGAUGAUGUCACGACUUAAGAUUAGAUGAUCUCUACUGACCUCUUCUCAUAGACUGUGCAUAAACGAAGUGCUGGACUUUACCUGAAACCUGCAAAAAUUAAUGGUUUAGAUAUAUUUAUAAUAAACUGAUUUAAACUGUUUUCUAUAAGAAGAAAAAUUAAGACCACUUGUUUGAAAACAAAGAUGAAGUCUCACUUUCCAAUCUGCUUUCGCAUUAGUUCCUUCCAAAGCAAGGUCUUUAAAGCUGUGAUUGCCAUUUUUUUCAUAAUGAAUCCUCUCAGGACACUGUAUAGCCUGUGGUAAGUACAAAGGGAGAGGAAGACAUUUUUCACUUUAAGAGCUUUAUUGUCAGUAUAACCCUCCUUAGUUGAAUGUUAUUCUCUUCGUGUUCCAUUAAGUCAAAAUACAAAUCAGCACAGAUACUCAGUUUCCAAUUAAUGUUAAUUAUGAAAAGUAUUUUGCAUAAGGUUGUGUAUGUAUUGUGUAUAUACCUCAAAUUCAAGUUUAUGGCUUUGAUUAUGUUCUAAAGAAAAGCACAUAACACAAAAAGUAAUAAUAUCCUUUGUUAAUAACCAUAAUGAGAUGAGUACUGGCAUUGGUGUUAAGUGCCAUUUUGUGCUUUGCCCCUGUGUUCUCUUUGUUGUACUGACCAAUCCCCAAAAUCAUUGAGCUGCUCUUAAAAAAAAAAAGAAAGAAAGAAGAAAGCUCAACAGUGUGUAUCUAUCUUUUGUUGAUCAAAUUACAUACAUGAAAACAUGUAAUCCAACGGAGUGGAGUCUCUGCAGAUUUUUGGCUUAGUAUUAUGAAUGGACAGAAUUUCACGUUGAGCAAUUACCAGAUUGUUUCCUUUAUUGGAUCUAUGCCAUCUAAUUUCUAAAUUCUCUAAAUGAGAAAAUUGUUAAUCCAUUAAUCAAUCAUUAAUUGUGAUUAAAAUUAUCAAGUGAUUUUUUUUAACAUUAAUGGGAAGCUGUUGUGUAAAAUAUGUCUACCCAGAGAAGUAUCACCCUAUAAAUAUUAAUCAAAUAAUUUACCUAGAGUCUUCUUAGGUAUUGAAUUAUAUGUCAGUCAUUUAAAGGGAGUUUGAGAUGAAAAGUAAAGCUUAUUUUUUAAGCAACAAAGGUUAUUUCUUAAUUUGAAAAUUUCUCAUUUUAGGAAUUGGGAUAGUUUGAGAUUUUUUGUUUCUAUACGUUUUCUUUUAUCUUCCUAACACCAUGUGAAUGCAUUAACGAUUAUAAAAUACAAACUUUUUUUAAUGCUUUUAAGAAUUUGAUUUAAAAGUUGAUCAACAUGAUACAUUAUUUUUACAAAGAAAUAACUUGGCCCCAAAUAUCUUAUGUUUGCUUAGGAUAUUUUUUUUUUUUCCACUGAAAAUGGAAAGAUGUGAAGGUUGAAGGUAUUUCUGUUGUAAUUGUAAACAAACUUAUCCUAAAUGUGUUCAAACAUAUUUUUGGGUACUCUCUUUGCAUAUGUUUCAUGCCUUGAAAAUCUGAAGGCUGAUCCAAACUGGCAUGUUUUAGAAUAUUGAAGAAAAGAAAUAACUACUUUUAAUACCAGCCUUUUAGAUUUCAUGCAGAUUUUGAUGAGGAAUAAUAGUAUAUACCACAAGCAUUGACAAAACUUUGAAAGUUUCUUUCUGUAAAAUAUACUCAAUAUCUAAAUCCAAGUCAGGCAUGGGAGAUCAGUGUUUAACAGUGGAUGUUUUGUGUUUUAUAUUUAUAUUACAAUGUUCAUAAUGCAAGUAUAACAUUUUAAUAUUUGUCAACCUGCCUUUACAAAAGUAAAUUCUAAAUUACUAAGUUUUAUUUGUUCAUAUGUUCUCAUACUUUUUCAAAUCACUAUUAGGAAUUAUUUUAUAUUAAAAACUCCCUUAAAACCCCAAAUGUAUUUUGCAAAUGUUGCAUUUUCAUCAGAGAUAAAUAUUCUGUAAAGUAGUCCAGCAAAUUCACAUCCUUUACCCUUUUUAUCUUUUCAUUUGAAUAGUCAUGGCUUAGUCCUGUGGGUUGCUGCCACGUCAAUUCAGUGCUAUGCCAGCACCUUCCCUUCUCGUCAGGGUGUUGGCUAAAAUUUAUCCUUAGCUGGAUGUUUAAAGCAUGCACUACAUUGUUACAGUUGGUUUAGUAUGGUAGGUGACUGACAUGGCAUCAUGAGAAUGCAUGAAAUCUUAUACCACAUUUACAAAACAUGGUUUUUUGUUACAUUCUUCCUUUCCAGGCUAAACAUUAGAAAUAAGGUUGUACCUAUACACUUGUACAUAAAACCAAAAUUACAAUGACAAAAUUUUAAUUCAUGUAUGAAUAUACAUCAAGAUAAUUUUAACAGUAUUAUUUCCAGAUAUGAUGGAGAGCCUCAUGAGUAGUCAUAUUGGCAAUUUAUAUGCAGUUUAAAUAGAAGUGAGCAAAGGGCAGUGCUUUUGGUUUUUAAUAUGCUACUUUUGGGUGUAAACAACCAUCUUCUUUAGAGUCAUUGUGCUCACCUUUGAAAAGAACAAAGCUUCAUACCUCUGUACAUGUGGCUAGAUUUGAAUAUCCUUGUUUGAUACUAAUUUUGAAAGUCAUAUAAUUAUUCUUGAUAUCUUGGUAAAAGUAACCAUAUGCUAUAAGCAUUUAAAUAUGUUUAAUUUUGUGAUAAUAGCAUUUAUAAAGUAUAUCUUACACAUUAUAUUGAGGAGUCUAGUUAGAAAGUUUUCAGUUCUCUCUAUCUUCUUUGGCUCUUAUAAUGGGCAAAGAAUACAGUGAAGGCAGGUGGUUUGGGGGGCAGGGGGAAGUGGGUAUGGGAUAUGACAUUUUGCCUUAAGAAUAAAAAAAGUGCUUUAGCACUGCUGGCUGGCAUUUUUAAUGCAGAUAGUUAAAGUGAUUUUAGAAGUGUGGCGUGAAAUAGAAGAGUUUGUUUUCUGGCCUUUAAGAAGUGCCUAGUAGGUAGUUACAGAAAAGUACAGGGAGCUUGAGGAAAGGCAGGAAGUCCCUGAGAUAUUCUUUUCUUUUUUGUCUCAGUGUAUAGAAUUAAGAUGCCUAGAAAUGGGAUUCUGUUGUCCUCUCUCUUGUAGGCACUUUACAUUUCUUGCUGUGACCACAGCAACCACAUACAGUACAGACAACCUCAAAAUCUGUUUAUAUUAGUGUAAAUAGAAAAACUGUAAACAACUAGAUUUCUAGUUUUCUCUGCAGGCAUUUUUGGGAAUGUAUCUGUAGUGUAUUCUACUUUGUUUCUAGAGGAUAGCAGCACAUCCCAGAUUUUUCUAUGGACUUUGGGGUCAUCUUCUCUCAAUUACCCAGUUGUAUCCUGUCAUCAGUCCCUCUUUCAAAGCUGGGUAGAGACAAGGUUUCUUUGCAUGACUUAUCUUUGACCCCUCCCAACUGUCCAAAUAUCUAGAACUUCUUGCUGCAGAUCAGCUUUCCCAUAGCUCAGCUAUCCCUUGCUCCCCUGUAUCUUCAUUCACCAUCAGUGAAGGUAUGUUACUCAAUCCUGGAGGUAUUCUAAACUUUGCCUUAAAGCCAUCGUUCCCCAAACCACCAGUUUCUAAGUAGAUUCUGUAGUUCUUUGCUAUCUCCCCACCACUGGCUUGAUUUAUCAAUUUGUACUUUGCUCAUUAGAGAGUAUUGUCAGGGUUGUUGAGUACAUCAGAAGACUGGCUUGCUGUAUAUACAGCAUAUAAAUGCCAGUAGUAAAAUCCUUUAUGCUAUAUUUAACAUAUUCAUGUUUCUUAGUUUUAGCUUCAUAUGCUGAAAAGUAGAUUCAGAAAGAUAACAGAACUACCUAGACUUCGCCAGCUCCUUAAGCUGCUAGUUAGGCAUGGAAGGGAUGAAGUUACGUGUAUUUUAUCUUCCCAUUACCAAUAAUGGAUUGUGUUUUGGAGGAUACCUGUGCAAACAACUUGAGUUAGAAGAAGAUGCCAAACCAAAUUUAUAUGUAGUGUUUACCCCAAAGACAUCCUUAAAACCAUAGCCCACAUUCUAUUUUUUUCCUCAUGGUUACGUAAAGAACACAAAUAAACAUUAGAUGUCUAAAGAAAUUAGUAAUGAGAAGCCUAUCUUUGCAAAAUAAACCUGUUGAAAUAGGCUUUAAAAGACAUCAAAGUGAGCCAUCAUGUGUUGAUUCUGUAUAGAUGUAGAUAUGAUAUAGAAAGGUACUAAUUUAAAGUUCCUCCUAUACAAAAAUAGAACUUCUAUCUCCGUGCUCCCUCAAAGAAAGUGUGAUAGUUUUAAGACCAUAUUGGUGAAAUAAAGGAAAAAAAUUUUUUAAACUUUGGAUGCUAAAAAAAAAUAACUGUUUCUAUUAAGCCCUAAAGCGGUGUGUGGAAUUGUGAAGAAAUUGUAACAGGAUACAGUUGGGUUAAUUAUGCAAUUUUUAAAAUCAAUUGUCUAGUUGUUAUGUAUUGUUCUUAAAACUAAAGUCUGUGGUCUUGCCUGCUAGAUACAUUGUUCUUGGAAAGAAUAUUCCCAUAGUCUAUACCCAAGAAGUGCCUAAAAUUAAUUUGUGUGGGAUUUUAAGUCCAUCUAAUAAAGUAUAUGUGUUUUCUAUGGUA